AUGGAGGAGCAGCCGAAGGAGGGCGAGGCCGAGGUCGCGGAGCACUGGUUCUCCAAGUGGGAGCGCCAGUGCCUGGCCGAGGCCGAGCAGCAGCAGCAGCUGUGCCCCGAGCUGCAGGACGACGCGGCCGCCGACGCGGCGGGGCUCAAGAGCGAGCAACAGAGGCUCUGGCAUCUUUUCCAGAUCUCGGCCACCGCCGUGGCCCAGCUCUACAAGGAUUCCGCCUGCCAACAGCCAGGACUGUCUAUGUGGGACCCCUUCCAGAACGCGGCCAUGGCCGUGACCAGCCUGUACAAAGAGAGCGGGCAUGCCCACCAACGAAGUUUUGACCUGGGCGUCCAGGUUGGCUACCAGCGUCGCAUCAAAGACGUACUGGAGUGGGUGAAGAAGGGCCGGAGCACCAUCCGUCGCGAAGACCUCAUUACCUUCCUCUGUGGCAAAGCGCCCCCCGCUGCUCCCCCCCAGCGCACCCCCAGGACGACCCCGAAGCCGUCGGCCGGGGUUGCCACGCAGGCUGCGGGCACCGAGUCCACUUCGUCGGUGGAUGUCGACCUGCAGCCCUUCCAGGAGGCCAUCGCCCUGCAUGGCCUCAGUGGCGCGAUGGCCAGCAUCAGUGUACGAUCCGGAGCGCCUGGGUCCCCUGCUCCAGACAGCGCGGUGGCCACCAGUGGGCGUCGAAAAAGUACCUUCCUUGAGGACGACCUGAACCCCUUUGGGGCAGAAGAACUGGCCCUCCGUCUGGAGAGUGGCAGCAUCCGCAAGCGCUCCUCGGCCCAGUUCGGUGAUGGCACCAUAGACUCCCCGUCCCACAAGCGCAACCGAUUGGUCUAGACUGCCCCGUUGCGUGCCCACCACCAUCUUGCUUGACAGCUCACUUGACCUUCAACAUGCUUGUCGAACGGCUACUGGGGAUCAUCUGUCUGCCUUCUCCAAGUUAAACAAAGCUUUCGGUCCGGUUUACCAGAAAGAAACUCCAAAAGUAUUCCAGAGAAUGGCUCGGCUGGCUGACUUUCCAACAAAUAUAAUGAUAUUAGGGAACAUCCGGUACCACCGAGUCAGCAAGACCGUGUGAAGCGAAGAAGUAUGCAGUCAGAGCGGGAGCCUACUAUAUCUUGUGCAUACCUAUAUUCCUUAGCACCUUGCACAGUUGCUGGUGCUCAAAAUGUUUGUUGAAUCUAUUAAUUUGACCUAAUUAAAAAUUCAUAAAGGAGAGAGACACAGCAGGUGUUUACUUGCAUAUAUAAUCAUUUUAUCCUUCCUUGUUUUGGUUCUCCGCUUUAAUGGUCUUUGCCAAUUCAGUUACAUUGUACCAAAAUGUAAGAUUAGACAUCUUUGUGACUCUGGACUCUUCCGUUUGUGCCCCAUUGUACAUGCACCUAAUUUCUAGAAAUCUGUGGAAGUAAUAUAUUUUAGGCUGUGAUUUGUUUUGGAAAAAAAUGAUUGAUGGCUUUGGUGAUUAUAAUGGUGGGAAGAGGUGCCAUAAUGGUUGGGCUGGUAAUACUUGAUGUUGGGUAGAUUUGAUGCUCUCUUGAGGAAAAUGAAACUAAAACCAGCAGUUGAGAUCCUGAUGAAAUAACAUGGUGUUCCCGGAGGCCCGAUUGGUGCUCCUUUUUUUUCCCCUUAGGAAUGUAAAAAUUCUUUUCUCUGAAAUUACAUCUUUUUUUUUUUUUCUGGUGAUCUCUGUUUUCAAGUUGAAGGCCAGUGAAUCACAAUGAACUUCUGGGUUUUCAGAGGAAAGCAUGGGAUAACUAAAACAAAAUGAGCUUUGUAUUUAGAAACACCAAUACUGGAAUCAUAACUCUACAAAGUAAUUGUAUGGUUUUGGGCAAGUCACUUAAUAUCCAUUGGCCUCAGUUUUUAUCUGUAUAAUGAAACUAUGUAUUAUUAGGGUCAUUGUGAAUACCAGAUGAAGUCUAUAUUUCAAGUAUCUAGUAUAA